AUGACGGGGCGCGAGUGCAAGAAGGGUUACAAGUUUCGCGCACCCAAACACGCCGUAUUCAGAGAGAGCCACAAGUGGCCUGCGCCGCCAAAGAAGCUCAAGUUCAUCGACGAGACUCGCGGUGUCGAGCUCGGUGAGGACCUCGACAGCAAUGAGUCCGUACACGACUCGGCGCCGGACAUUGACGAAGUAGGAACAGAAGCCGCAACUGAAGUUGCCUCCACCUCACCGGGGACGGCUACAGUCGUAGACUCGACAGUCUCAGACGAUCAGCGCCGGCCGUCAAUAUACGCCGCAAAGGCGGCGAGCUGGCCUUUGCCUGGCGACGAGAGCCGACCCGGCGCCAAAAGCGUUGUUGAUGGCGCUGACGUGGUGGACGAGCCUGUCCAACCUCCGCAUCGAAUAUCGUUGAGCACGCCCGGCGCCGACAACCACAGCCAGCACGGGAGCCAUCGCGAACAUUCUGGCUCCGUCGUGAGUCUGCCGCCCGUGCAGUCCAUGUUGCCGCCGUUGGACGGCAUAUACACCGAUCGACCGAUAUGGCCCAUCCAAGGGCGAAAAGAAGCCACGCUGUUCCGUCAUUACGUGGACAAACUUGGAUUCUGGCUCGAUGCGUGUGAUCCCUCCAGACAUUUCGAGGUCGAAGUACCGCAGCGUGCCGGCUCGUGUCCCAUCUUGCUCAACGCCAUCUUCGCCCUUGCCUCGAGGCAUCUCAGCUUGACGAGCGCAUACGACUCGCUGGCGUCGAACCGGUACCACGAGCAGUGCCUCAAUUACUUGAUCCCGCUGCUGGACCACGCAGGAACAGUGUCGGACGAGAACUUGUUUGCUGCAACAAUCAUACUCCGCGUGCUGGAAGAAAUCGAUGUAAACACCCUAGGCCAGGACACGCACGGCCACCUGCUCGGAAUUCACGCCUUUGUCAACGCCGGAGACCGUUUCCUUAUGCCGGGAACUUUGACGGCCGCAUGCUUUUGGGCAGGACUGAGGCAGGAGAUCUACAGCGCCGUCAUCAACCAGCAAGUGGUCCGAAUGAACCUCGGUCAUGCCAUUGUCGACCGAUCCACCACCCCGGCCGACGACUUUGUCUGGGCGAAUCGUGCCAUUGUCCACUGCGCCGAUGUUCUUAACUUCUGCUUCGGGUCCGAGGCGGGGUCGGUGCUGCAAUGGGGCCAACUGGAAAUGGCAAACAGAGAAUGGAAGAACGCGCUACCGCCUUCGUACACUCCCAUCUUCUUCCGAGAGAGGACAGAUGAGGAGGCUUUUCCCGAAGUAUGGUACCAGAAGGCGUGUCAUAUCAUUGCCGUUCAACACCACAUUCUCGCCGAAAUGUACCUCGUGCUGUUCAAUCCGAGCAUACCACGAGUCGGCGGCGGUCGUAAGGCCGCGGAGAAAAGGUUGACCCAGCAGAUUCAGGAUCUCCUGCGGAGUCUUUGUGGAAUUGGCAUGUGUAACCAAUGGUCACCGCCAGCCAUGUUCACGGCGUGUAUGGGUAUAGCCAUCGCCGGUGAUCGGUUCGACACCAAACAUGACCAAGAAGCUUUGCUGAAGAUGCUCAGCAUCACCGAAAAGGCCCACGCAAGACCCACGACAGCGGUGCGGGAUCAGCUGAUGCACGCAUGGGGUUGGAUGGACGGGGAGGCAAUGAGCGAGGAUUGA